AUGUCAAGGUCUGCAUUCAGUUCUGGGUAUUCUACGUGGCGACAGAGACGUCAAUCUCGUUCCAAGUCUCGAUCAAGAGGCCCAAUAUCACGACAGUCGCGAUCCUUGCAUGAGGCCCCUCACCUACUACGCCUACAUAUCAAUCGUAAUCACAAAGGCUACUUGGAGUUGAAUCUGUCUAGCCAGGGCUUACAUGAUCUUCCUCAAGACAUCUCCUAUUUUACACGACUUGAAGUCCUCAAUGUAUCCCACAAUUCCUUAAGUGAAGUUCCAGCAUCACUUGCACGUCUCCGUGGGUUACGGAUUCUCCUUUUACAGGAAAAUAAGAUACAGAUGGUCCCUGACACCAUCACAAACUGUACUCACCUCACCGAGAUCAACCUCACAAGAAAUAAACUUUCAAAUCUUCCCCGUAAUAUAGAUGGCUUGAGGAGUCUUCGUAUUCUUAAACUAGGACAAAAUGAAUUUGUGAGUCUACCUCAUGAUGUUGGACAGCUUCAAAACCUGACUUAUCUUGACGUCCAAGGCAACCGUAUUUGGUAUCUGCCAUUUUCAAUGCAUGGUCUUCGAAAAUUGAAAUAUUUGAAUCUAGCGGACAACAAAUUUGAACAUCUGCCGAUUCCUAUCUGCCAGAUUUCCUCUUUAAAACUUUUAAAUUUAAAAGGAAACAGUCUGAAGACUUUGUCGCCUGAUUUUGAGUCUCUGAAAAAUCUUCGUGAGUUGAACUUGAGCUACAACAAAUUUGACACAAUUCCUGGAAUUGUGUACAAGUUAAAAGAGCUAAGAUUCCUGAACAUUGCUGCCAAUGACAUAAAAUACAUUCCACAUCAUAUACAAGGUUUAUCAAACCUACAUAUACUCCACAUACAGGGAAACAGACUGGCAAACAUGCCAAACUCUUUCAAGAAUCUUCAAUACCUGAACAUGUCAAACAACUGUCUAUAUAAUGUAUCGCUUGUUGGCAUGACUCGACUCAAAAACCUCAACGCUAGCAACAACAACCUGGAGAAUAUUCCAAUGGGUGUAUACACCUUGACAAAACUGGAGAUUCUCCGACUAAACAAUAACCAAAUAAAAUAUGUGUCACAGGAUCUUGUCCAUCUGAAAAAUCUUCGUGUGUUAGAUCUGGGCAACAACAAGUUGGUAAGUUUCCCUCAAGUUAUGGAUCAGAUGCAUCGUCUGGACUACUUCAAUGUCAAGGGAAACCAAAUCAAACAUAGGAUAACACUACAGUACGGGGAAAUUCCAGCCAAUCAGGACGACAUGAUGGACAAUCGUCAUAUGUAUGCCAGCAAACGUAACCCUCAACAGGAAAACAAUCGCUAUUUGUACAAAUCUAAGAAACGGGGCAAAUCCCCGAGCGCCAAGUCCUCCACCAUGUUAGACCUAAAUAACUCCCAGGAUCUUGAUGAACUGCUGCUAAACGGUUUCUCACGUAAACACAUUGAGAACAAUUCUGAAUCUGUGAUGUGGAGAGACAAUAAAAACAAAGGAAAUAAAGUAGACAAGGAACCACUAAAAAACAUCCUUCAGCAUAUUGCAGACCUGGACACAGCAGAGGGACAAAACUAUCCCUCCGCAUCAGAAGGUGAGACUGACUUUCGACUACUUGGGAUCUGUAACCAGCUCGAAAUGUUGCUCAACAAACAGCUUUUGCAGCCUGUUCUAUCCAUCAGAGGCCAUCCAACAGGGAAAAGUUUUAGUGAUAAAAGCAUUGUUCCUGUUGCCGAUGGUGUUUGGCGCCUGAGUGAUAAUAAGUCCACUGAAGCUGUUGGUGUGAUCAUGUCCCGGACAGAAUGUUUUACAGUGAUGCCCAGUGGUGGUGAAUUUGUGUCCACUGUUGAUCCACAAGUCAGCAUCAUGGUUCCUAAUAAAGGCGUGUCUAUUCCACUAGAAGUCAGUAUAAAGAUCAUUAAAGUGGACCCAGAUAUACUGGACACCCUUCAAGAGGACAACAAAAUUAUCAGCAACAUAGUGGCAAUAGGACCCAUCAUCUUUCUCAAGAUGGAUGAAAAAACAGACCUAAACAGCUUAGUGACCAUGACGAUCCCCUCGCCGAAGGGUCCACCACAUGAAGAGAGGGGAUAUCUGCAUGUAUUGACAAUCAACGCAGAUAACACAUGUAGUCCUAACACCUCCGGAUACCAGAUAUCACGAGGGUGUAUUCGACUCAGUACAUGGCAUUUGUCAGGAAAAACGGUGAUCCUCGCCAAAGCUAAGUGCAAAUAUCAAGCUUGUAAUGCUGUAGAAAACCUGCUGAAGUGUAUGUUUCAUGUGCCUGUCAAGUUCUAA